AUGAAGAAACACCCUAAACCGUGUAGUUUCCUUUUCCACAUCUCUAUACUCUCUGUGCUAUUCGUUGUUCUUUUUGUUUCUUUUGCAUAUACGACCUCGUACAGGCCUAAAGCCAGCACUGGUCUCGGCCAUAAGAGAAUUCUAGCAAGUAAUUUUGAUUUUACUCCGUUUUUCAAGAACAAAGAUCGUACUCAACGUCAGCGUAGAAGCUCAACCGAAAAAGAAACUGAUUCUUGGUAUAAUGAUGAGGACCGGAUAGUACCUAGCGGUCCAAACCCUUUGCAUCACUAG